AUGGAAAGUCGCCGUCGAUCACAUUCCGCCUCGAGAACGCUGGACCAGACCGUGAAUCUGGUGGGCAGAAUCGGGGCCAGUCUUCGGAUAUCUGGUCGGAGAAAGAACAAGGAAGAGAAGGACCGGGAUCGGGUCGUCUCCCCCACCAAGGAUCUUCUGACUUUGGCUUCGGCCAAGCUUGAUUCUCCCUCUCUGAUCCCCAGAAAUCUCCGUCUCUCUCAUUCGCGCAGUGUCACCAACAGUCCUCGCCCUUCUCGGUUUAGGCCCUUAGGUGAUCAACUCAGUUGUCCUCCAACUCCAGAGCCCCAACGGAGGGUUUUCUUGAAAGAUGGGGCCACUCAAUUGACCUCUCUAUCCACUUUGAUGACACAUCAUCGUCAUUUCUUUCUGUUUGAUGACGUUUUACUGGUUUCUAAGCAGAAGUAAGUUCGACAAACUCAUUUGCGAGCCUUCUGUUUUCUAUUCGCGUUAAUGGUUUGCCAACCUAGAGGCCCCAACAGCUACAAAUUCAAGGAGAAGAUCCCUCUGAGCAAGCUCUGGACGGCUUCAAACAACUGCAGCCAUUCUUUUCUGAUUGGGUGGCCCCAUUACAACUAUGUAGCUCAUUUCAGGUACGUAUAAACGUAAGGUUUCUGACUCUUCUUCCAGCUCUGAGAGGGAAAAGGAUGAAUGGUUGGGCGCACUCUCCAACAAUAUCAAAAAUAAAUUAAUCCGCUCAUUUACAACCAUCAGUGUGGCCGUGAAAGUUGAUGGCAGGAAUCAAGUGAGUGAGCCGCCGAUCACAAUGAAUGCUUUAGAUAAUCCGCCAUGAAAUUGAGAAUGGAGCCACGGCUUCGGAGAUUCUCAGCCAGUUGGUCUCCAAAUUAAAUCUGGGUUCCGACACGAAUAUGUUCGAAUUAUUCAUAGAAAUCAAUGGUUCUCCUAGCCUAUUGCAUGGGAUAGAGAACAUAUAUGCCAUCCUGAGGGACUAUGUGGAGAAGAUGAGACUGAAUAUCUCUCAACUCAAACAUCUCGACACGUGUCCUUUAGUCCAAUGCCGGCUUUUAAUCCAACCAAGUCAAUCCCCUCUGCCUGUUAAUAGUAUUGUAAAUCAGAUGAAAAAAGUAAUCUUAAGUAAAAUGGAGUCAAAGAAGCUGUUCGGGAGGAAGUUGGAAGGCUCCAUGCCACCUCAACCAGUUCUCACAAUGAUCGAUUAUUUGACGAUGCAUGCCCAGAAUACAGAAGGCAUCUUCAGAAAAUCGCCAAAGCAAUCCACGGUUAGGAAAUUGAAGGAGCUUUUGGAUCAUGGCCAAGUCCCCAACUUCCACGAAUUCAGUCCACACGUGACCGCUUCUUUGUUGAAGGUACUGCUCUCUCAGGUUUCAAGCGGAAUCAUUUCUAGGAUUAUUUGCGAUCGAUCCCCGGCCAAUUACUCCUUUCUGGAAAUUAUGAAAUGUGGAUGGAGAUUUGCUCUCAAUCAGAGCAAAAAGUGCAGAUUGAGAAGUGCAAGAAUCUACUGCAAUUCCUGCCUCCCAGUAAUACCAUUCUGUUAAAAUGUAUUCUCCGAUUACUCCGGAUCAUUUCCAAUCAGCCCCAGAGCAAGAUGAACACAAAAUCUCUGGCUGUUUGUAUUGCGCCAAGUUUAUUAGAGAAUCCUGGCAAGUUUUGAAAGGACAAUUCUCCUAAUUAAUAUCAUUCCAGUGGCGUCAAUCGAAGAUUCCGUUAAGAAGGUACCGGAAUUGGCCGAGUUUUUGAUUGUAAAUGCUCCAUUUCUGUUUGAUAACUUUGAAGAAGACCAUGCUCUCCUUCCCAAUAAUCAACUCUACGAUUCGACAGACUCUGGUCUCAGUUGCGACUUGACCAAUGAUCCCAUCAAGGAGUCUGUGGACGUUUCUCCGAGUCCAGAUUCUGUUCAUUUCGAUUCCUCAUAUUCUGAUGACUCGAAUUUGGACACGGAAAACGACAGAAGAUAUACGGUAGGAAAAUGUUUAGGCUCGAAAAAGUUUCUCAUUUUUGAUUAUGCCACUUUUUUGAAAGCAAUAAGAACAUUAAUUAUUUUCUAGAGGCCUACUAAUUUUACACGAAUGGAAUCUUCGAACCUCGAUACCACCCCUGAAGUGAGCCCUCAAUCUUCACCUUGGUUACCAAGAGCAGGAAAUAAGGGAGCGGAGAAGUCGACAAAUAAAUUACUGUAUUCAACAAACACCUUCUGUAAAGAAGUUGCCCAUCGGAAGGAUUAUUCGUCUGACAGCACCGCCACUCUGAUCCCGUCCGAAGCCGGGGAUUCAAAGGAAAUUGGGAUCUCAGAUAUCCAAAGUCCGAGACUUUCUAACAGGAUUGAGCGAUCACCCUAUAUCUCAUCAAGGUCACCAACAUUCCUUCCCAAGUUCUCUCCGUCGCUGCCCAGCUCCCCGUUAAUCUCCAGGAAUUCUUCGAGUAAUGUUUCGCCCUCAAUCUCCAGAAACCUUGUCCAAUAUCCGACCUUUGUUUCUCGAGCUUCAUGUGUAUCUCCCGUUCUAAAUCGAGUUCCUCGUCCUUUUUCGAGCAAUCAGAAAAUAUUGAAUCAAGGACCGCAAAACACAACGGCGGCGAAACCUCCAAUCCCCAAUCGACCUGCCUGGAAACCGCCGCGGAAGACCGCAGAAGAAAUUAUUCUGGGGAAUCUGGAGGUGAAUUGGUCAGUUCCAACGAUCCGAUCUAUGUUCCAAAAACAAGAUUUAAAGCCGGCUCACAUCGACACAGUUUAUGCCAGACUGGAUUUGAUUAAACAGAACAAGUUGUAA